AUGGUUUACUGUGGCAAGCCCUCCAAGGGCUGCUCCAACUGUCGCGAGCGCAAGAUCCGCUGCGAUCAGAGGAUGCCCACUUGUGGUCAGUGCGAGAAGCGUAACCAGAAAUGCCCCGGCUACCGUAACAUGGUCGACCUCAUGUUUCGCGACGAGAGCAAUCAUGUCAUCAAAAAGGCCAACACGGCCCGCAAACGCCUCAACAAGUCGCGCGAGGCGGCCAACGGCUCAGCCAGCGGCGGAUCAACCGCUCUCCCGUCUCCCUCGCCUCGCUCUUCCUCCUCCUCUUCCGAAUCACCUACUGCCACGACCCUGGUCCACCAUUCGCGACCUUUCAUUGGCACUCCGAAAUCUUCAAGUAGUGUCGAUGGCCUAUCGCCAGAUCGCGAGCCGCUCGGCGAGACUCGCCUUCCCAACGACACACGGCAGAUCCGGCGCCAUCAUGCCGAUGUUGGCAGCGGGACCGUAACCGCGGCCGCCUCCGAAAUCCCCUAUGCCCUCACUCCAUCCCUACAGGAGCGAGGUGUCGCCUUCUUCUUCGCCCGCUAUGUCGCCACGGACCACGGCUGCUACCAAAACUACGACUUCAUCUACGAUGUGUGGAGGCCUCCGCCCAACGUCGACAUGGCCGACAUGAACGACGGCAUCCUGGCCAGCAUGACUGCUGUAGGCCUCACUGGCUUGUCCAAGCUGACGCGCUGCCCCGAAGCAAUGACCAAGGCACGCCAAAGCUAUGUGCUGGCCCUCCAUCUCGCCAAUGAGGCUCUGCGCGACCCCGUUGUGGCCGUCAAGGACAGCACCAUGCUCGCCGUCCUCAUCCUCGGAACCUACGAGUUCGUCUCUGGGCGAACGCCGCAGACGAUACGCGCCUGGCAGGACCAUGUCAAUGGCGCUGCUGCGCUCGCCACGAUGCGGGGCGCCGGCCAGUUCCGCACUAGAGCCGGCACCCGCAUGUUCAUCAUGCUCUGUCACACUGUGCUCAUCAGUUGCGUCCGAAGUGGUCUGCCCAUGCCCCAGUCCAUGGUCGAUCUGAGGAAUCAGCUGUGGCAUCUAACGGAUACUCGGGGCCCUAUAUGGCGCGUAGUCGACACUUUAUACAACGCGCUCCAGGUCCGCCACGACAUCACCUCUGGCAAGGUUGUGGGAGUGGACGCUAUUGUCGAAAAGCUCUCGGGCGUCGAGGAUCAGUUCGCGGCUCUCGUCGAUAGUCUCCCCAACGGCUUCAAGUAUCGCGAGGCGAAGCUCAUGAAACCUCACCCAGCGGUCAUGGGUGAUUCAUGCCACAUCUACCUCGGCCUGACGCAGGCCACGACCUGGAACGGCAUGCGGACAAUGAGGAUGCUCGUACAGGAAACCAUUCUGGAUGUUCUGUAUCACAGUGUCGACGACCCCACAAAUCUGCCUGCCCACCACCAAAUGCAGAUGGCCAAGGCGAUGAAGCUAAUACGGAUGCUCGGCGAUGCCUUUGUGGCAAGUGUGCCGCAGCACUUUGGCGUUGUGAGCUCCAAGGACGUGAAGCGCGAUGACCGCGGCCGCCGGACCGUCACGCCCGUCCCGACUUCCAAGCUGCCCUGUCGAAUUAUCUCCUCGUCAGCACCAAAGAGUCUUCCAGACACGCCUUCAAACAAGCAGGUAUCCGUCCCGACGCGGAGCCCCACGCUGCUCGACCCAACGCAGUCGACUGGCCACGAAAAGGGCCACGAGCGGUUCUUGACCCUUGCGACCGCCAGCCACACAAUCAUCUGGCCCCUGUACACAUUGGGGAUGUCAUCUUCGUGCACGCCGGAGACCAUGGCCUACGUACUUGACCGGCUCGAUGCCAUCUACAAGGAAACGGGCUUCGAGCAAGCUCGCACCGUGUCCAACAUUAUUCGGGAAAAGGUUCAUGCUCUAUCGUGGGACGACUUCCCCACCGCAACUCUGCCGACGUUGCCCGAAGGGUCAUUGCCAAUCAUGGUGUAA